AUGUCAGAAGAAACCGAGUUUCCAAAGACCGUUGAAGGGUUUGGAUACCGUUUUAAUGAAAAAGGAGAAUUGAGAGAUAUCGAAACAGGUGGGAGAUUUGAGUUCUUUUAUAGAACUGGAGACCGUUAUUAUAACCAAAGACGUUAUGAAGAAUUGGGUGAUGUAAUCGGUGAAUUCAUUGAAAAUGAAUUAGUAGAACAAUAUAACCUCAUCAGAAAAAUUAUUCCGGUGGAGUUGAAGGAAGAUGAUAACAUUGCAAAUGCAAAAAGUAGAAUUUAUAUAAGUGAUGAUGCCCAAGAGUGUCAAACUUUGCUUUUGCUAAUACAAGGAAGCGGAGUAGUGCGGCCUGGACAAUGGGCACGUCAAGUGAUUAUUAAUGAUUCUCUCGAGGUUGAAAAUGUGUAUUUAUGUGUUUUUGAUGCAGCUCUUGGAACUAUGUUUCCAUACAUCAGAAAGGCCCAAGAGUUAAAAUGGGGGAUUGUUAUAUUUAAUCCUAAUGAGAAUUAUGGAAGUAUUAUGAAAGAUGGAGAAGUUAGGGAUCGUCGUAUAUUUGGCUCAGAAUCACCACAAAAUCAUUGUUUAUAUGUAUGGGAUAAAUUUGUAACAAACGCGAGAGCGAAAGAAAUUCUAAUUGUGGCUCAUAGUUAUGGUGGAAUUUGUACUAGUUAUUUGUUAGAUCAAUAUGCUGAUGAUUUUUAUAAACGUGUUAAGGGAAUUGCACUUACGGACAGUGUGCAUAGCUCUGGAAUGAUACCAACACAUUCUAAACUUUGGUUUUCAAAAAAAGCUAUUAAUUGGAUUAAAUCAGACUUACCUAUAAAUGAUCCUAUACGCGAAGCAAAUCAAUUUUAUGGAUGUAAUUGUUUUUCAGCAGGUCAUCAUAAACAUGAAUAUACUUCUGGUGUAGCCAUCGAGCCCGUUUUUGAAUUUCUGCAAUUUCGGGCUCGAGGUAAUAAAGAGAUAACAAACCAAAAGAAUGAAACAAGUGAACAAUCUUUUACAAAUAAUAAUGAAGAUGAUAAAGAAUCAAGAGUUGUCAAAUCAUUUAAUGAAGAAACAAAACUGCAAACUCAAAAUGGUAGUGAAUCAAUAACACACGAGAAAGGUACAAAUGAUAUGGAAAUUGACGAAUUACCUGAAGCAACCAAUAAGACCAGCUCAGAAAAUGAUACUAAGCUAGAUUCAAGUUCAGCUAUGGAAACUGAAGCGACUAGCUCAGAAAAUGAUACUAAGGCUACUGAGGAAUCUCAGCUAGAUUCAAGUUCAACUAUGGAAACUGAAGCGACUAGCUCAGAAAAGGAUACUAAGGCUACUAGGGAAUCUCAGCUAGAUUCAAGUUCAACUAUGGAAACUGAAACGAUUAUCUCAGGAAAGGAUACUAAGGCUACUGAGGAAUCUCAGCUAGAUUCAAGUUCAGAUGUGAAAAUAGUUGAUGAAACAGUGGCAACGAAUGUGAUUAGCUCAGAAAAAGAUACCACGGCUAUUGAGGAACUGACAGGUAGCGAAACACCUAAUGCAAUAAUGAACGAGCAAGUGGAAAUAGUUGCCAAAGCAACCAAUGAGACUACUACUAAAACAGUAAUAAACAAGCAAACCAAUGAAGUUAAUUUAGAAAAAAAUACUGAAAAAGAUACGCUAAAAGCUUUUAUGAACAAUGCUAUCACGAAUGAUGAAGUUACUGUAAAAAAUGAUAUUUCUGAAAAUGAAAAAAUUAAUAAUAAUAAUACACCAAAAGAAAAUACGACAGAUUCAAAUUUUAAUACAGAUGCUCAAGUUUUAAAAGAUGAUAAUAAUUCAAAGGAUUCCUCUCAGAACAACAAUGUUUAG